GCUGUUUGCCUGGCAACCAGACAAGCUGCGUGGACAAAGGGCGAAACACGAGCAAAUUGUGAUCAUCAAGAAUUUAUUUGAUCCAAAAAUUUUUGAUGAAAGUCCCGCUCUAAUUCUCGAAUACAAGGAAGAUCUCCGCGAAGAAGUAGCGAAGUGUGGAGCUAUUAAGAAAGUCAUCAUUUAUGAUAGACAUCCCGAAGGUGUAGCCCAAAUAAAUUUUAAGGAAGCUGAAGCCGCAGACGCCUGUAUCCAGUUGAUCAACGGUCGAUGGUUCGGUCAACGGAAAAUCAUCGCCGAACAAUGGGAUGGAAAAACCAAGUACAG